AUAGCUGCCUACAAGACACAAAACCCAGCAUGACAAUCCAGGAGGUCAAAAUCAUGUUUGCAUUAGGCAACCACAUGAAACAGACUCUAUAAUCAGAAAAUCUGCCUCAAACUCCACCGGGGCAUGACUCAGAGGAAUUGAAUCUGGAAUCCCUAUCCACCCAAACGAACAACUUAUUUUAGUGUCUUCUGCAACAACAAAAUAGGUUCAGUCUUUUACAUGACACUAAUGAUUUUGAGUUGGUGCAAUGACAGUGAUUUGCAUUCAAUUUCAUCAAUGUACAAAAACAAAAGUGAUCUUCCCCCCUUCUUGUACUAAUGUCUUCUGUUUGUUCAAUAGAAGUAGCCAAGAACUUGACCACCUACAUUUUGCCGAAUUGCUUCUUCAUGAUCCAAAACUCCGUACACGUCACAACCGUUUCUAGUAGUUUCAAAAUCUUCUCCAUCAUUGCGUUUGCCGUUUCUAGACCAGAGAUAAUUUUCCAGAUGGUUUUCACAACACAGAUUGCUAGGGAAGAAGAUGACUAUUGGAAUUUCCUAUUUUACCCUUCUAGUUUGACGGUAAAAUAGACCGAGGACCAUUUCGGUUAAUGUUUGCAUAGUCGAGGAUACAAUUGGAGAAUUUUAAAAGUCGAGGAUCAAAGUGGUGAAAUCCCAUUAGUCGAGGGACCAAAUUGAUAAUUAACUCCAAAUACACUGCUAGGAGCCUAGGAUUCCUAAAAUAUGCUAAAUAAAUACCCGAAUAGGUUUUUGGGAUGCAUGUCGGGUCGAGUGUAAAAAGCGGGUAAAAGAGCCAAAUCCCAACUCCCAUCUUCAGAGCUGAUAACCGUAGGGGCUUGUAGUCUGCGAGUGUGUUGAAUACGAGGAGAAGGAAGAUGACGACAAUUCGAAGGUUUUGCUGCAGCGAUCUUCUCCGAUUCGCUUCCGUCAAUCUGGAUCACCUCACUGAAACUUUCAACAUGUCUUUCUACAUGACCUACUUGGCUAGGUGGCCCGACUAUUUCCAUGUGGCUGAAGCUCCUGGCAAUCGAAUCAUGGGCUACAUUAUGGGAAAAGUUGAAGGGCAAGGAGAAUCAUGGCAUGGCCAUGUCACUGCUGUCACUGUAGCUACUGAAUAUAGAAGGCAGCAGUUGGCUAAGAAAUUAAUGAAUCUACUGGAAGACAUCAGUGAUAAGAUUGAUAAGGGUUACUUUGUUGACCUCUUUGUAAGAGCAUCAAAUACGCCAGCCAUAAAGAUGUAUGAGAAGCUCGGUUACAUAAUAUAUAGGCGAGUGCUACGUUACUAUUCUGGGGAAGAGGACGGGUUAGACAUGAGGAAAGCUUUAUCCCGAGAUGUAGAGAAGAAAUCUGUUAUUCCCCUCAAGCGGCCUAUUACACCUGAUGAAUUGGAAUAUGACUAAGUUUAGUUCUUUUUGAAAUGUCACCAAAAGGUUUGUAUUGCAAAGUGUGGUUCUCUGCAUUUGAUCAUUGGAGAUGCAGAGACUAUAAACCAUCACUUGCGGUUAUCAGGAUUCAGGUAUUCAGUAUGAAACAUGUAGAGUCAGGAUUAUGAGCCCAUGCUGUGGAGCGUUGGACAAAUACGAUGAUCUUAUAGUGCUUUUUUAAAAAACAUAAUCUCUCUAUUUCUGCUCAUUAAAUGGUAUUCUUUUAGGGGUGGGUAUAA